CUCGCCGUAUUCCACCAAAUGCACUGCCUGUACCACAUGCAAGCCUACAUGGACACUUUGGCGAUGCAGAUGCGCGCGGGUAACACGACGCUGGACGAGCAUAAGCUGAUUCACAACGAUCACUGUUUUAACUAUUUGCGGCACGCGAUUAUGUGCACGGCGGAUUCGACGCUUGAGGGUCAGAUAGAAGGGGAGGGGUGGGAUGGCGAGACAAGCACGGAUGGGACCGGCGCGAUGCAUGUUUGUCGCAAUUGGGAUGAGGUGAAGGCGUGGGCGGAGAAG